AUGGCAUGGAAGUUCUGGCAUGACAUGUUUUCACAGCUCCUCGAAGCCAACGGAGGGCGGCAUCGCGGGUUGGAGACUGUCAGAGAUUCUGAUAAUCUUGUGCGUCAGAAGUUGCCAUCAAAUUGCUCGGCUGAGCCUGUCAACGUGCGAGGCUUCUUCGGACCCAACUGCGUCGGUCACGCGAUCAGAUUUAUGCCGAAGCCAUUCGACUGGCGCGUCUUUGCUGCCGAAUUGGCCAACAUCCGUUUGGAGACCACCGGAACCAAUUCACCGGCACCUUCCGCUGAAUCGUGUAUUCUUCCUCGCCCAUCAAGGCGAAUGGGUCGUUCUUCACUCUUACCAACAGGACAAUAG